AUGCAGGCUGAUAAGUCUAAAAUAGUUUAUGAAGCUGUGAACCGUAUCCGAAAGCUGGAAAAUACUUUCAAAAAACUUGAAAGUCAAAAGCUAAAAAGGCUAGAAGAAUAUAACAUAAGGUUGACGGGUUCACAAAAAAUUGGUAAUAGCUGGGAGAAGUAUGUGGUUGAUCAAGGAUCAACCUGCAAUUCUACAGCUAUUACACCGACUAAUCAUGGUGCUAGUCCCCUAAUUCCAACAGAUUUUAUGACUUGGAGUUCACCAAAUGUGAUACUAAAUGUAUCUGGUGAAGAUGCACAUAUUAGUGUGUGUUGUCCUAAGAAGCCAGGGUUAUUUACCACCAUUUGUUAUGUUUUGGAGAAACAUAAGAUUUACAUUGUGUCUGCUCAAAUUUCAUCUGAUCAAUUCAGAAGCAUGUUCAUGAUCCAAGCUCACGCUAAAGAUGGAAGUGGGGUUGCUCAAUUCUCCGAAGCAUUCACCAUGGAAGACAUGUACAAGCAAGCUGCAAAUGAGAUAAUGUUGAUGACAACCCCCAGAUGA